AUGGUUGUUCUCUUCAUGUUCCCCACGUACGUUGCGUUCCAACCCGUUGAAGUGGUACUGGUACGAAAAGUCGGUGCCCGCAUUUGCCUCGGAUUUGUCAGACAUUGGUACGAACUCAUCCCUCUGCGUCCUUUAUUGGGCGCAUUCGAAGGCGGCAUGUUUCCAGCAGCGCUGUACAUGCUUUCCUGCUGGUACCCACGCUUUGAACUUCAGCAGCGAGUUGCUCUUUUCUAUUUCAUUGGCACAUUGGCGUCCGCGUUUACAGGAAUUCUUGCCUACGGAGUCUCUGAAAUGGCCAACUUAGGCUAUGGGCCAGAAUGGUGGGGCGCAACUAAAGAAAAUGGCGGCACAAUGCCCGGAAUCGCAGGAUGGAAUGACACAUAUGCGGAGGGUUUCAGCAUGCGUGAGUUUGUCAAACACCUCGCUGAUCUCAAGGUAUGGGCACAUGCCUCCUUGUUUGGAUUGACAACAAUCACCAAUUACGCGGUGGUGUAUUUCUUGCCUAUCAUCCUCCAAGAAGGCAUGGAUUUCUCGGUCGUUGCAUCACAGUGCUUGACUGCUCCACCAUACAUCCUGGGCUGUCUCUGGAUGCUGGUGCUAGGGUGGCUGUCUGACAAGCUCCGACUUCGGUCUCCGUUUCUGAUCCUAAACUGCAUUUUGUGCAUAUUUGGCCUUUCCCUGUUAGGCUACACGAAACACAUCUCCAGCCGGAUGGUAGGUGUCUCCCUUGUUACGUCUGCUGGGUCUGCGAACCUCUCAUCCGCGCUUACAUGGCAGGCGAACAACGUUCGUGGACAGUGGAAACGCGCAGUUACUUCUGCGCUUGCUGUAGGCGCCGGUGGCGUUAGAGGAAUCGUGGGCGGCACUGUUUUCCAAACCGAGGAUGCCCCAGAGUACCAUCCAGGGGUCAUUUCUACUUUACUCGCCAAUAGCCUAAUGGUUUUCAUAAGCUUGUUGCUCAUCCUCAAAUACAAACGUGCAAACAAGAGAGCUGCGUCAGGUGGGAAGCCAAUUGAGGGACUCGCAUCGCUUAGGUACACUUUUUAG